AUGUAGACUGUACAGCAGUGGCAUCACUUCGCUUGACGAGCUUGCAAAGCUGGAAACGCUGAUGCUACCGCGGCUGGGCGUCACACACCGCCCUGAGCUAGAGCGAUUCGAGCAGCUGAUUGCGUCGCUGCGGCGGGGGGCGGACGGAUACACGGCACAAGGACGCGGACGCACGAAUACGUUCAAUGGCGAUGAUAGCGACAACGACCGGCAGAUGCUGGCGGCAGCGGGGAGUCGGACGGUGCGGGCGCCGCGCACGACAAGCCUGUACAGCCAGGCGAACGGGUCGAGCUCGGGGAUUCCACGAACGAUCGGGCGGCAGGGGCUGCCUCCGGCGGGCAAUGCAGCGAUCGGCGGGAUGCGACGGCGGACGACGCUGACGCCCGGACAGGGCAUGUUUGGACGGGGUGAUGAGACACCGCGGGCGCCGCGCCGGGUGGCAGGGGCAGCACCCGCGACCGUGGGACGAGUGCAGACGCACGCGUCGUUAACGGAUAUUCUGGAGCGCAGCAGCUCGUUUGCGGCAGGGCAGCGGGCAGGCGACAGCGAUGAGGACCUGGAGCACGUUGUGCGGCAGAGUGGCAGGGGUGGGCUGGUCAAUGCGUAUGGGAUUCCGACGCGGCCGACGACGGCAGGGCGGCGGACCAGCAUGAUUGGGCGCCCGCGCACGGCACGGCGGGAGAGUGGGGCAGUGUCGCGUGAACAGACAGUCUCGAAUCUGCACGACAAAAUCCGCGUGUGUGUGCGCAAGCGGCCGCUGAGCAGCCGCGAGCGCGAGCGCGGCGAGAAGGAUGUGGCGGUGGUGCGGGGCCGACGCGGGAUGUCGGUGAUGGAGCCCAAGGUCAAGGUGGACAUGACGCGGUAUAUCGAGGAGAGCCGGUUCCUGUUUGACGAAGUGUUCAGCGAGACGGCGACCAAUGGCGAUGUGUAUGAGCGCACGGCCAAGCCGCUGGUGGAGUAUGUGUUUGGCGGGGGCAAUGCCACGUGCUUUGCCUAUGGGCAGACGGGCAGCGGCAAGACAUACACGAUGCUGGACGUGCAGGACGGGCUGUACAUCCGCGCAGCCGAGGAUCUGUUUGCGCUGCUGGCACGGCCGGAGCAUGGGCACCUACAGGCGUUUGUGACGUUCUACGAGAUCUAUCUGGUUGAUCUGUAUGAUCUGCUGAACGACCGCAAGAAGCUGUUUGCUCGCGAGGACGCCAAGCAGAACGUGGUGGUGCAGAAUGUGCGUGAGGUGCUGGUGCAGUCGCCGGAGGAUCUAAUGAGCGUGUUCGAGUAUGGCAACGGGUGCCGCAGCACCGGGUCGACUGGCGCCAACGCCGACUCGUCGCGGUCGCAUGCGAUCCUGCAGAUUUCGCUGAAGGAUGUGUCGGGGCGGCGGCCGGUGAUGCAUGGCAAGCUGAGCUUCAUUGACCUGGCCGGUAACGAGCGCGGGUCAGACCGCGGGGACCGGGUGGACAAGCGCACGCUGAAGGAGGGCUCGGAGAUCAAUAAGAGCCUACUGGCGCUGAAGGAGUGCAUCCGCGCGCUGGACCUCAACAAGGCUCACCAGCCGUUCCGCGGUAGCAAGCUGACGCAGGUGCUGAAGGACUCGUUCAUCGGCAACUCGCGUGCAUGCAUGGUGGCGACGAUCUCACCGAACAGUGCCAACUGCGACAACACGCUGAACACACUGCGGUACGCCGACCGCGUCAAGGCCAUGAAGGGCGCCAGCAGCAGCGCAGCUACCGCUGACGUUGACUCACCGAUCAACGAGACCAUCCCUGAGGGCGACUACUACGGCGCUGAUCCCGACGGGUACGAGGACGACUCGGCCGAGCGCGCCGAGGAGUGGAACAUGCAGGAUGAUGACGGCGACGACGACGAGUUUAUGCAAACCGACUCAGUCGAGGGCAGUAUCGAGCGGAUGGACUGCGCGCCGCGCGAAUCAUUUGGUGAUGUGGGCGCCAUGUCGGAGGACGCGCCGUCGAUUCUGGACGAACAGCCGGCGUUUGCCGAGGACGUGCGCAUGGCGCCACGCGCCUACGGAUCGCCAGCCGCCAAGGGCUACGUGGCCACGCGCCUGCCCAAGUCGCCGGUGGCUGCGCGCAGCAAGGGCUCGCGUCUGUCGAGCAUCCUGGCUCGCACACGCAGCACUGCACCGCCCGAGGAGCCGCCGCGCAGCGCCUAUGCACGAGUCCGUCCGCCGCCGUCACCGGCGAUCGAGGAGCACCGCCCACGCAACGGGCAGGUGGUGUCGCCGGUGUACUCGUCGUCGGCAACUGGCGGAGUGGGGUCGUCGUCAGCUGGGCAUUCGCCGCCGCCCAGCUCGAGCGACGGGCAGGCAGCGUUUGCCGGGCUGCGGCUGGCGGACGUGGAUGCGUUUGUGAAACACCACCGCGCGGAGAUCCGGGCGACAACCGAGGCGUGCAAAGAGGAGACCACGCUGAUCAGCGCUUACACUGCACUGAGCUACGCGCAGCUGGCCCAGAAUGCCCGCGGCGAGGCUGCGCAGGUGCGGGCCAUGAGCUGGCAGCAGAGCCUGUCGGACAAGUACCACCUGGAUGUGGCCUCGGGCCGUGUGACGCGCCUGCAGGACGCUGUGGUGUUUGACACCGUGGAGGAUGCCAAGAUGCAUGAGGCCAUGGAGUACCUGGAGCACUUGGACGAGGUGCUGGAGCGCAAGCAGCAGUCGGUGGUGAACCUGCGGAACGAGAUCCGCAAUAUUGUGUGGAGCCGCGAGCGUUAGCUGAUUUAAACUUCUCCUUUGUUGGUAAUCGCAUGACCUUUGGGGGUGUGCCUUCCUCUUUUUCUGCUCGCGAGAUCAGCACCACAGGGGCUGCACGCCUGGUGACACGGGUGGUGGUCAGUGCGCUUCAUGCCACCUUUAUUUCUCCGCGCCCAGGUGGAUA